AGCGCCUUUUGGCUCAAGGGGCCCGCCGCGCCAGAGUCUCAGGGGUCCUCCGCUUCGAGCAGCUUCCUGGCACCUCGUCCGCGGCCUUCGGAGGGCAAUGCCGCCGACGGUGGUGAAGAAGGGCGCGAUGAAGACGAAGGGUGCGAAGAAGCAGAAGACCGCGACGAAGCUGGUGAAGAAAAGGGACGUCAAGGGCCUGAGGGCGGCCUUGCGCGAGACCGUCAUGAGCAAGGAGGAGUGGAGGAAGUACCAGACGGACGCCUACAGGAAGAAAUGGCCGAAGCCAGAUUACAUGUCCGACUACCGACCGACCUUCGUGAGGGACGGCGGCGAGGGCGCCUACCGGGACCAGACGUACGAGCUCGUCACCAGGUGGAGCGCGGAGACCAAGAUCCGCUACCGCCCGCACGCUAAGGCCCCGGGCUCCAAGAGCCACGUGCGCUACGAGAAGUACUCCAAAGCCAGGACGGUGGCGCAGGCACUGGCUUUGGGCAGCUGGCCGCUUGACUGGUGCCACGAUUACGAGCACGGAUUCAUACAGGUUCUGGGGCCCGUGCGCGACGAGCCGCUGGACAUGAGCCAGCACACCGGGAAGCUCACAGAAGUCGAUCAGGCGAUUACCGCGUGGCAUAGGAAGGAGCUGGCGAAGCGCCACAACCUCAAACUGGAGGACCUCUACGUCGACAAGGGGGCUGGCGAGAGCAUGCUGAUGCGCUGCCACCGCCUGGUCGCGGACCGAAAGGCAGGGGAGAUCCUCACGCAGGCCCACCGCAAGAGGCAGACGGUCAGCGACGAAGAGGUCGAGAGCGUCCUCUCGUCGUGGGCCUUUGCGAGGAACGCCAACAGGACCAACGUCAUUCCUAACGGCCAGGAGUGGGUGUGGUCAGACACGCUCGGCCUCAUCCGCGAUCGCAUCGGCGACAUCCACCUGACUGGGCCGACCGCUCGGU